AUCCUCGAUUCGUGCAAAUCAUAUGCCACAUCAGCACCAGCUUCUAUCACUCUGAUCAGAUAUGUAGCUGUGGGAGGUACGACCAUCGUUGGCAUGCCAUUUUACGGGAAUCUCGGGGUACAUUGGACGCUGACAAUAAUGGGGGUUAUUAGUGCGUUAUUGGUGCCUGUGCCAUUUGUGUUCUACAUGUAUGGAAAGGUGAUUAGGUGGUGGAGUAAGUAC